CGCACGGCCGCCCGAUGCUUGAAGAAGCUGAUUUACGCUCGGGAAAGAUGUUGUGUCGGACGAGCAGUCCUCCGCCGCCGAGUAGCAGUCCGGCUGGGUCGGAAAUUUCGGUCGGUUCCCCAAGUCCACCGCCCAUUGGCAGUGACUCGCAUCCUACCCACCUGCCCCAUCCACAUCCCUUGGCCGUCACACAUCUGGUUCACCAUCAUCCACUCAUUCACCCGCACCAUCCACACCAUCCGGCGCUACACGCCCAUGCUGCCGUAAGCGCGCUGCAAGCUCGUGCAGAAGAUUACUUCACACCUCUCAAGCGAUUGCGCAUGGUGGAGGGUGGCAGCGGUGUUGAGCUGGGAAGUCCUCCCGGUGGCAGCCCGAAAGAGUCCACCAGCCGGGGCUCUAGUCCCACGACGCCUGUUAACAGUGCGAGCAGUACAAACACCAUCACCAGCACACCUAAUAACAGCGCCACAUCUACCACCACUACCACCAGCACAACCAAAUCGUCCACUGGCACGACCGCUGCCGAAGGAGUCAAGUCGUUUUCAAUCGCCGAUAUCCUGGGCCGCGAUGCGGAGGCCAACAGCCGUGAGGCACGGGAACCAAGUCCUCCGCCGAUGAAUCCCGCCUUGCACCAUGCUUCCCACCACCACCAUCACCUGCAUCUGGCGGCUCAUCAUCCCGGUGCACAUCUGGCGGCUGCCCAUCAUCAUCACCACCAUCACAGCAGCAGUACGUUGCAGCAGGCGGCCUCCAAAAUCGUACGACCCUGGGACCAUCUCCGUGGUCCAAUCCCGGUGAGGCCGUUCCUGCCACCGGCCUUGCUACACUAUGAGCAUCGGCUAGCGCUGGACUACCAUCAGCAGCUGCAGGAACAUUUCCGGGCUCAGGCCCAGCUGCUGCGGCACAUGAGCAUGGACAUUAUCCCGUCGGAGAGUGGGUCGGAGCGGUCCAGUUCGGCGGCGAGUGAUUGCUGUUCGCCGGAAAUCGGACGUGGAUCAGACCACCAGAGCCAUCAAUCGUCACAGUCGUCGUCAUCGGGGGUGGGUGGUGGAUCAGCCGGGGGUGCCGGUGAUGGAAGUGGACGAAGUGGUAUCAAUGGCGGUGCUAGUGGGCCCAACAAAUCUAGCGGCAAAACGGCGCCGAAUGGUACACCGCUCGAUGCGCUGUUUCAGAUGACCAAUAAGAAUUUCGAUGAAUCGAAUGAAGACAGUGAGCAAUCGCAUUUAAACCUGUUCGCCAACCGACCACAGCCAAAGAAGAAAAGGAAAUCACGGACAGCGUUCACCAACCAUCAAAUCUUCGAGCUAGAGAAACGGUUCCUGUACCAGAAGUACCUGUCACCAUCGGAUCGGGACGAGAUAGCGGCCGCCCUGGGUCUUUCAAAUGCUCAGGUUAUCACCUGGUUCCAAAACCGUCGAGCCAAGCUGAAGCGCGAUAUGGAGGAGCUGAAGAAGGACGUCGAAACGGUGAAGGUCCUUUCGGCACACAAAACGUUCCUGGAAAAUGUUAACGAUAUGAACAUUCUCAAGAAAAAAAUCAUGCACGACGAUGGGGGCAGUCCACAGAAGUAAGCUUCAAAUCACAACCGCAAAAUUCGCAACCCAUGGAACUUACCGUAGUAAUUUUCCUCGCAAACAGAGCAUUCUUCCUGCAGCAUCCCUUCUGUCUGCAAUGA